CUAAUUUCAAAUACUUUCUUUCUUGUUUUUCUAUAAAUUCAACACAAAGCUGACUAACAUGUAUGCAACCAGUAAUAUCAUCAUCCUCAGAAUCAGAAGUGAUCGAGAGGUAUUGUAGUGAUGAAGUACCUCAUCGUCAUCAUGCUAGCAGUGCUAGUAACUGUAGGCAAUCUUUGGGGAUUUGAUGUGGGGAUUGAUGGGGCUGGGGAAUGUGGAAGUAACCCAGAGGUUGUGGUAUACAAGCUUGCUCCAUGUGGACCAGCAGCACAAGAUGGGAGCUUCGCGGUUUCUCCUAAGUGUUGCUCGUUGGUGAAACGCGUUGACAAGCGUUGUCUUUGUGCCAUUGUGCUCUCUAAAGAACUUCAGAGUCGUGUCCUCAACCCAGUAAUCGCAGUCACCAUACCUAAACGUUGUAAGGAUCCCAGACAUCUCAAGGGUUACAAGUGCGGAGCUUAUAUAGUGCCUUGAUCGAUUACGAAGACCCAUGACGAUGGUCCCAUAUAUAGCUGUGGAAUUCUCAUGUUGCUUUCACAUCAUCUAAUGUUUAAAUAUAUUAGUAUAUAUUGAGCCCUUUCAACUUACAGGUUUAAAGGAUAAAUAAAGUGCUACUUCAAUAGUACAAUCCAUAUUAUUAAAUAUUACUGGUCUUCAUGCAUGUACUGUGUUUCAAGAUAAAAGCACUACUAAAGUGAUACUUCAAUAGUUCAAUCCAUUAUUAUUACUGAUCUUCAUGCAUGUACUGUGUUUCAAGAUAGGAAAAUUCUUAAGUGGGGGGUUUCCCCACCACGUGGCUUUAGGACCACCCAAUCAGAAGAAAGGAAAUUUUCUCUCUUUUCUGAAACUGCCCCUGCUCCCUAAAGUGCAAUACCCAAAACACCCCCUUACUGAACAGUGAUUGGUCUGCCCCACCAUGUGUUCGUGCAGUUGCCCCACACAAGAUUCUCUCUUCCAGAUAAAAGCACUACUAAAGUUUCAAGAUAAAAGCACUACUUAAGUGCUACUUCAAUAGUUCAAUCCAUUAUUAUUGCUGGUCUUCAUGCAUGUACUGUGUUUCAAGAUAAAAGCACUACUAAAGUGCUACUUCAAUAGUUCUAUAUAUGGAAAUUAUUCUAUGCACCGACGGUGCAAAUGACUCAACACUUAUAAGAUGA